GUCUACUUUACUCCUACCUCUACAUUUGUCUCCCCCUACAUCUGUUUCCCCCUCUGUCUACUUCGCAUCUCCGCAUCCUGGUUUGUCGCGUCUACCUAAGAACCGCGGUCGAUCGACGCCCCGUCCCGCCCCGCCUUCCUGCAGAGCCGCUGCAAGCGCCAGGCACAACAAUGGAGCCAACGCUAGUCGAGACGCUGUGCCUCUGCGUCUUCAUCUUCAUCACAUCGGCGGCGAUAGUGUACGAUCAGCUGACGAAGAGGAUCCCGUCGCGAUUGCAGCAUGGACAAGCGCCUCGGAGUGGUUUCGGCCUCGUCAGAGCCGACAAACUCAGCGCACACAACAAACCCGCGCGCGCUCAUGGGGUCGACAUCAUUUUCGUGCACGGCCUCGGCUCGAACCCCGACACGACGUGGGGCCCGGAGGACGGCAACUGGGUCAACGUCUUCCUCCCACAAGACAUCCCCGAGCCACUUCACAAAGACGUGCGCAUCUUCUUCUUCAACUACGACUCGUACUGGAAGCGGGAUGCUGUGCAGUCGCGGCUCCAAAGCUUCGCCGAGAGGCUGCUCGAAGACACCAUCUCCGCAAUUCGGGGGAGUGAAGACGAACGGACACGUGACCUAGUGUUUGUCGGACACAGUUAUGGAGGUCUCGUUGUCAAGCAAGCGCUUACCCUGGCUCAAGACGACCAAAGGCUUGCCAAUAUAUUCGAGCACACAAAAGGCAUUCUCUUCCUAGGUACUCCUCACCGGGGUUCAUGCUUCAGCAUAUGGGGCAGCGUGGCGGCGCGGUGGUUGCAGCCGCUUGGAUCAAACCCAUUACUUCUUGAGGAAGUGCACUUCGACGCCCUUCCCCUCCACGAUCUGCAUAGGCAGUUUGUCAACAAAACUCGCCAUAGGGACAAUCUAAGGGUGAUCAACUUCUACGAGGAGCGCCCGACGCAGCUCCUCAAGCUGUGGUUCUAUCAAUGGAGCGAGAUUUGUGUCCCUAUGCAGUCAGCGACGUACGACAGAGCAGAGAGCGUGCCUCUUACUGUGGACCAUUCCGGCCUCAAUAAGUACGGGUCCAAGGACGCGAACUACAGGCUAGUCGUUACGAAGCUGCUCGAGACGAUCAAGCCCCUGGCUUUGCAGAAGCAGCGGCUGUACUCUGUCCCUCUCGACGCAGUGGAGAGCUACACGGAGCGGCAGGCGCUAUCUGCUGCGGUCGCUGACAAGCUGCGUGUGCACCAUCCCAAAGCUGGCGUCCCGCAUGCGCUCGCCAUCCACGGGCUCGGCGGAUCGGGCAAGACGCAGCUAGCGCUGAAGUACGUCGAGGACCACAAGCACGAGUACAGCCCCGUCUUGUGGAUUGAUGCCAAGGACGAUGAGGCUGUGCGGUCAAGCUUCGAGCGGUGCGCGAGCGAGCUGCAGCUGCAGGUCAAUCCGAGCCAGGCACGAAACACUAACUUUGCAGACUCGCCGUCUGUGCAGGCUGUGCUGCGGUGGCUCCGCAGCCGAAGAAACAUUGACGAUAGGUGGCUGGUAGUCGUGGACAACGCCGAUGACAUGACGUGGGGAAUCAAAAAGGUGAUACCGAAAGGAGAUCAGGGGAGCAUUAUCAUCACCAGCCAAGAUAGCAAGUCGUGGACACUGGUAAAUGGAGGGUGUGAAGAGCUGUCGGUGGGCACAAUGGAGCCAGAAGAAGCAAGAGCACUUCUCCUUCGGCAUCUUAGGCUAUGCCUCGACCCUGUUCCAGAUGACGUGCUGCGAGACUGCGAUGAGAUUGCGGAGCGGCUCGGCUGCCUGGCACUGGCGGUCGACCUUGCCGGAGCUUACAUCGGCGACGACGACACAGACCCGAGACAGGCCCUGCGACAGUACCUAACGAACUACGCCAGACAUCAGGACCAUCGACUACAGAGCGAGUACUACCGCGGCUUGUCGGCAAGCGACAAGACGGUGUGGACGGUGUGGGACACGACGCUGGGCAAGAUCGAGGCACGAUAUCCAGACCUGCGGCCAGGGAUGGUGCUCGCCUUCCUUGCACGCUUCAGAGGUGCCGCCGUGCAGGACGAGCUGCUGCGGUUGGCAAGCGUUAGGAUGUCGCAGGUGCGCGAAGAAUUGUACGACGAAGCGGUAGAGCUUCCGGGCUGGCUGGACAAGGUGCUCGCAGUGGACAAGGAUGGGAAGUGGGACGACUAUUGCUACCGAGAGAGUCGAAAGGCGCUGGUCAGGUACAGCCUACUGCAGCGGGUGGGGGGAGAGUGGUCAGGCGUCUCGAUGCAUGGGUUGGUGCAGUGGCGGGCAAAGAAGUACGAGGAGGAGCAGGAGUGGGACAAGUGGCAUUUCAUGGCGGUGGUGGCGGGAUGCGCACAGAUGCGCAAGGAAGAGGCCAGGCCGCAGUUUCGACGAGAACUGGUGGCGCACGUGCCGGUGAUGGAUGAGGAAUAUCUGGACAAAGUGAAAGUCGAGGACGAGGGGAAGAGGUUCGUGUGGGACACUGUAGGCAGGGUGCUGUCUGACGAAGGCUGGUGGAAAGAGGCGGAAGAGCUUCGUGCAAAAGGACUGGAGAUAUGUUUAAGAGUGCUUGGACCUGAGCAUCCUGACACGUUAACUAGUAUGCACAACCUAGCAUUAACGUACCAGAGCCAGGGCCGGUGGAAGGAGGCAGAGGAGUUAGAUGUACAGGUAGUAGAGAUAAGAACAAGAGUGCUUGGGUCUAAGCAUCCUAAAACGCUAGGUAGCAUAAACAACCUAGCAUCAACGUACAGGAACCAGGGCCGGUGGAAGGAGGCAGAGGAGUUAGGUGUGCAGGUAGUAGAGAUAAGGACAAGGGUGCUUGGGUCUGAGCAUCCUAAAACGCUAGGUAGCAUAAACAACCUAGCAUCAACGUACUGGAGGCAGGGCCAGUGGACGAAGGCAGAAGAGUUAGAGCUGCAGGUAUUAGAGACAAAGAGAAGAGUGCUUGGACCUGAGCAUCCUAAUACGUUGACUAGCAUAAACAACCUGGCAUCAACGUACAGUAACCAGGGCCGUUGGAAGGAGGCGGAGGAGUUAGAAGUGCAGGUAGUAGAGAUAAGCAUAAGAGUGCUUGGACCUGAGCAUCCUGGUACGCUGAUCAGCGUAAACAACCUGGCGUACACGCUGAAGGAUCAAGAUAGGGACGAUGAAGCUGUUCUCCUUAUGGAACGAACCGUUACGCUCAGAAGUCAGGUGCUUGGUCCACAACAUCCUGACACGUUGGACUCGCAAGAAGCAUUGAGGGAGUGGAGACUAGAGAGUAGCAGUGGAGCUGAAGACUAGACCGAAUCAACUUCCAUCUUCCACUCUUUACUACAUGUAUCGAACGCUCUAUCUCGAGAAGUGCAAGAAACGCCAGGUUGGCUAAUCCUCCGCGUAUAUGCCGCAAUGUCUACCAUCAGCUCGUGGGUAUGAAUUGCAGGGAACAAGUCAAGUCUAGCUAUCUAUCUAUUCACCCAUCCCCUAUCACCACAGCAUGUACUACACACACGCCGCACAUCCAGCCAUCACACAAUCUGGACUCGACUGAUUGAGCCAGACCACACCAGUACCCGCCAAUAUCGAACGACAGCGAGCUGUUGGUUGAAUUGAAUGAAGGUGAACUG